AGCUGCCGGGACGGUGGGGUCCGCUGCGGCCAGUAUUUUGUAUUAUGACUUCUCAUGAGAAGACAGAAGAGCAUCCUUUUGCAGAUAUAUUCGACGAAGAUGAAACUGAAAAAAAUUUUUUAUUGUCCAAACCUGUUUGCUUUGCUGUAUUUGGGAAACCAGGGGUUGGGAAGACAACAUUAGCCCGUCAGAUAACACAGGCUUGGAAAUGUAUUCGUGUUGAAGCAUUACCAAUUUUGGAAGAACAGAUUGCUGCCGAAACUGAAUCAGGCGUUAUGUUGCAGUCAAUGCUGAUCAGCGGUCAUAGCAUUCCAGAUGAAUUGGUCACAAAGCUAAUGUUGGAGAAGCUCAACUCCCCAGAAGUAUCUCACUUUGGUUAUAUUAUCACUGAAAUACCAUCACUUUCACAGGAUGCCAUGACUACUUUGCAGCAAAUACAAUUACUCAAAAACUUAAAAUUGAAACCUGAUAUUAUAAUCAAUAUUAAGUGCACUGACUAUGAUUUAUGCCAAAGAGUUUCCGGGCAAAGACAGCACAGUAGUACGGGAUACAUAUACACUAGAGAUCAGUGGGAUCCUGAAGUCAUUGAGAGUCGUAGGAAAAGGAAGAAAGAAGCCCAAAAAGAAGGAAAAGUAGAAGAGGAAGGAGAAGAGGAAGAAGAGCAAGAAGAAGAAGAGGCAUUUAUUGCUGAAAUGCAGAUGGUAGCUGAAAUUAUUCAACAUCUAGUUCAGAGGCCUGAAGAUUAUUUGGAAAAUGUUGAAAACACUGUUAAACUUUAUAAGGAUAUAAUUCUUCGUUGUUUGGAGGAAGUAAUGGCUGAACACAAUCCCCAGUAUCUCAUUGAGGUAGAUGGAAAUAAGUCAUCAGAGGAGCUCUUUAUGAUAGUUAUGGAUCGACUUAAAUAUCUAAACCUAAAAAGAGCAGCCGUUUUAACCAAACUUCAGAGUGCAGAGGAAGAAAUUAAUGACGUGCUGGAAAAUGAUGAGCUGUUUCGUACCCUUGCAUCUUAUAAACUUAUUGCACCAAGAUACAGAUGGCAGAGAAGCAAAUGGGGACGUGCAUGUCCUGUGAAUUUAAAAGAAGGUAACAUUUAUUCAGGAGUACCAGAUUUUUCUGUGAGUUUUCUAGGUAAAAUAUACUGUCUUUCAUCAGAAGAAGCAUUGAAAACAUUUUUAUUGAACCCACGUCCCUAUCUUCUUCCACCUAUGCCAGCGCCACCAUGUAAAGUAUUCAUAUUUGGACCGCCGUAUUCAGGGAAAACAACACUUAGCAAUUUACUGGCAGAACGCUUCAAAGGAAAGGUAGUUGACUAUGCCAAAGUUGUUCAACCACGUUUUGAUAAAGCCCGUGAAACACUAAUAGAAAAUGCUAUUGCUCAGGCUACUGAAGCAGCUGUUAAAUCUGUGAAAGAAAAGGUCCUCACAGAACUACAAGCUAAAAGACAAGCUGAGGCAGAUUUAAGAGAACUUCAAAGACAAUAUGAAAGACAGGAGUUUGAAGAGUUCCCAGUGGAUAAAUACAAAAGCUUAGAAGAGUUACUCUCUCCAGUCGAUGAAGUGAAUACUGAAACCUCCCAAAGAGACACCUCUUUAGAGGAUGCUGAAGAAAACAAAAAGUCAGAAGAUGCCCUCGAAGUUCAAACUUCUAACAUUGAUAAAGAUGAUGAAAAAGAAACCAGUGAAGCAUCCAUAUCGAAAAAGAGUUCUCAAGACCCUAGUCAAGAUCUAAAGUAUUCAGACGAAGAAGACUCAAUAGAAGAGGUAACUGCAAGUCAUCCACAGGUUCUUUCCAUUCUUGAGGAGACUAUACACACAGAAUAUAUAAACUUUGAACAGCCAUAUGAAAAACAUGCUGAAAUCUUAGAGGAAGUUCUCACAGAGGUAAUGGAGGAAAACAAGAAUAGAUUUUCUGGUGCCCCAAAAUAUGGAGGAUGGAUUGUGGACAACUUCCCUAUUGUAAGAGAACUGUGGCCAAUCUUAAAUGAGAAAGGACUUAUACCUGAUUUGGUAAUCUGCUUAUCAGAUACAGAAAACAAUGGAAAAUGUUUGCUUAAUAGAAUAUACUUAGAGAAUAAACCUGAAAUUGACUCUAAGAUUUUAGAAAGAUUAUUAGAAGAACUACAAAACAAAAAAAAAGAAGCAGCAGCAGCAAGAGAAAUCAAAGAAGCAGCAUUGAGAAUAGAAGAAGAAAAUCAAAGGCUAUUGGAAGAGAUGAAUGAAAAAGCAAAAGAAGCUGACCAAGCUGAUAAUGAGGCUGAAGAGGAGAUUGAAGGUGAGGAGUCUGAAGUUCAUGAAGGGUCUGAGGCACCUGAGGUAUUCGAGGAAAACAGAGGGUCAUUGUUACCUGAUGAGCCUGAAGUGUCUGAGGUCCCUGACACAGAACCUGAAUCAGUAUCUGAGCCUACUGAGGAUACUACAGUUGAAACAGAAAUUCUAAAAGGAUCCCAAGAGGGCCUGGAAACUGAAGAAUUAUCUGACUUUGUACUACCUGAGUUUCCAGAAGACUCUUAUCCUGAUGUUCCUGAAAUGGAGCCAUUUAAAGAGAGAAUUAAUUCUUUCAGCAUCACCUGGAAACAGCUGGAACAAACAUUUAAUGAGUCUUUCAUUCAGAUUUUAAAGUUGGAGAUUGCUGACAAAACUCCAAAGGAACUACUUCAAAAAGUAGUUGAGGCUAUGGAAAAACCAUUUCAGUAUGCUGCGUGGGAGUUAACCACGGAAGAUUACGAUGAAGAAACAGAGGACUAUCAUGCCGAAGCAGAGGCUGUUGAUGAGCUAGAAGAAGGAGAAGAAGAUGAAGAGGAGGAAAAUGAAGAAAGAAUUAAAGAGAAAAGGAGGCAUUUGGGAGAUACAAAGCAUUUUUGUCCAGUGGUUCUCAAAGAAAACUUCAUCCUACAACCAGGAAACACAGAAGAAGCAGCUAAGUAUCGAGAAAAGGUCUACUACUUUUCAAGUCCUGAGGCUAAAGAAAAGUUUUUGGAGCACCCUGAAGAAUAUGUGGCUCAUGAAGAACCAUUAAAGGCUCCUCCAUUAAGAAUAUGCCUUGUGGGUCCACAUGGCUCUGGCAAAACCGUGUGCGGAAGACAGUUGGCAGAAAAAUUGGACAUUUUUCACAUUCAGUUUGAAGAAUUUCUUCAAGAAAAAUUAAUGCUCAAAACUGAAAAGAGAGUUGAUUCUGAAUUUGAAGAAGAUUCUGAGGAAGAACAAGUUGCAAAACAAGAACUUGAAGAGCUUGCAAUUCAGGCCAAUGUUAAAAUUGAAGAAGAAAAUGCAAACAAGCAGCCUCCAGAAGUACAACUUACAGAAGAAGAAGAAGCAAUCAAAUCAAAUCUAAUGGAAAAUGAGUCAUUGCCUGCUGAAAUUCUUGAAGCAAUUCUUUCUGAGUGGUGGUUUAAGGAACCAAUACGUUCCACAGGUUUUAUACUAGAUGGUUUCCCACGAUAUCCCGAAGAGGCCCUGUUUCUGGGGGAGCGUGGGUUUUUCCCAGAUGCUGCUGUUUUUAUGCAAGUUGAUGAGCAAGAUAUUUCUGGUCGCCUCCUUCCUGCCCAAAUUGAAAAGUGGAAAAUAAAACAAAAGAAGAAAUCAGAAAGGAAAAAACUCAUCAAAGAGAUGAAGGCAAAAAUCAAGGAUGAUAUGAUUGCUAAAAGAAGGGCUGAACUUAUAUUAGAGAAAGAGAAAAAAAGGAAAGGGGAUAUUGCGAUUAGAGAAGAUGAAGAAAUGAGUGAUGAUGAGCCUGAGGACAAUGAAGAUGAUAUUGACAACAUCCUUGAAGAAGAAUUCCCAAAAGAUGAGGAAGAGACGAGCGAAGAUGAAGAACAGGAAAUGGAUGCGGUUGAACGCCUGAGAGGUGAACUGGGCGAAAAAUUUGAAACAGAUAUGCAUAAUUUACAAACAAUACAGGAUGAAUUUGAGAAGUUCUUAAUACCAAUAAUUCUCGUUAAUGGAGCUCGGAAAGUCCACAUUGUACAAUAUAUAUUGAAUACGAAACUGAAACCACUGGUGGAAAAUCGUGAGAGCAUUUUUGAGAAAUGUUAUCCAAUUCCGGCACCCCUUGCUCAGAAAAUGCUCACCUUUACCUACAAGCAUAUAAGUGCAUUCGGCUACUGGGACCCUGUAAAGCUAAGUGAAGGAGAGACAAUCAAGCCAGUCGAAAAUUCAGAGAAUCCAAUUUAUCCUGUGAUCCAUCGUCAGUACAUUUAUUUUUUAUCUAGCAAGGAAACUAAAGAAAAAUUUAUGAAGAACCCAAUCAAAUAUAUCCGCCAACCCAAACCUAAGCCUACUGUGCCCAUUAGGAUUAUAAUUGUGGGGCCUCCAAAAUCUGGGAAAACUACAGUUGCCAAAAAACUUGCAAGUGAAUAUGGCUUAAAGCAUUUGUCGAUAGGAGAAGCUUUGCGUUAUAUAUUAACUUACCACCCAGAAACAGAGCUGGCACUUAUGCUAAAUUGGCAUCUUCAUAAAGGAAUGACAGCACCCAAUGAACUGGCCGUUCAAGCCUUAGAGCUUGUUCUUAUGGAAAGCCCAUGCAGCACUGCAGGUGUUGUCAUCGAUGGAUACCCUGUAACUAAAGAUCAAAUAAAUAUCUUGGAAGCCAGGUCAAUCAUUCCCAUGAUCAUCUUUGAGUUGCAUGUGCCUUCCAAGGAAAUUUUCAAAAGAUUGCUCCUAGACAAAAGAAAUGAACGAAGUUUGCCUUAUCCAUUGCAUAACAGUUCACAGAUUACAGCUGUCAAGAAUGCACAGUACCGCAAAAAUAUUGGUGAGAUUAGGAGCUAUUAUCAAGAACAGCAUCAGAACUGGUAUGUGAUUGACGGAUUUCACAGCAAAUGGUGGGUAUGGAAUGAAGUCAUUAAGAACAUUCAAAUGGUGAAUAAAUAUAUGCAGAUAUACCUGGAAAGAAUCCAAGAAGGAAAAGCCGCCUGCAUUGACAAGUUAUGUAUCACCCCUCAAGAACUGAUUUCUCGCCUGGGAGAAUUUGGACAGUUCUGCCCUGUCAGCCUGGCAGAAUCAUAUGAAUUUUUUGACUGCUCUGAAACAGAGUCCUUGGAAUUUGCAGCAGAGUUCAGGGGGCAGUAUUAUAAAAUGAGUUCUCAGGAAAAACUGAAUAAAUUCUUGGACAACCCAGAAUUGUAUGUGCCUCCCCUAGCCCCUUUUUCACUCCCAUCUGCUGACAUGAUGCCCCAAAAGCUGACGCUGUCAGAGCUAAAGAGUCGAUUUCCUAAGUGUGCUGAGCUCCAGGGCUACUGUCCAGUGACAUACCAAGAUGGAAAACAAAGAUAUGAAGCCCUAGUGCCUGGUAACAUUAAAUAUGCUUUAGAGUUUCGUAAUCGUAUAUAUAUUUGUGAGAGUAAAGAAAAACUCCAGAAAUUUUUGAGGUCACCACUGAAAUACUGGGAUCAGAAGCUUCCACACAAACUUCCCCCAUUAAAGGAACCGAUAUGUCUCACUAGUCUUCCUUUGCCUGGAUAUCUGGAACAGGGUAUUGCGACUUCUCUAAUUAAAGCAAUGAAUGCAGCAGGAUGCUUAAAGCCCAAAUUUCCCUUCUUAAGUAUAAGGAGAUCUGCACUACUAUAUAUAGCAUUUCAUCUAAAAGCAUUUAAUCCCAAAGGUUCUGAAUAUACAAGAAAAAAGUAUAAGAAGAAGAUGGAGCAGUUUAUAGAGAGAUGUGAACUCAUAACAUAUCUGGGUGCCAAGAUGACCAGAAAAUACAAGGAACCUCAGUUUAGAGCCAUUGACUUUGAUCAUAAAUUACAGACCUUUCUCUCUCUCAGGAAUAUAGACCCCAUUAAUGGAUAA